ACACCUCACCCAAGCAAGACACAAUGAACCCUCUUCCAAUCCAACACCCCUUCGGUGCGCCGCCUACGGACGCGGCGAAACGCGCUUUCAGAUCGGCCAUGAUUGACAAGCUGUGCGAGUACGUCGGGACGGAUGAGUUUGUGCAGGACGUCGAGGCAAAGGUUGCUUCACGACAAAGUGAGUAUCUGACGACAGAUUUGAGAUAUGAAUGCUAACCUUUGACGUCGCAGUCGGCAUCAACAUCGAAGCGAGAGUGAGGGCUAUCUUUCGGCGGGCUGAGGAUCCAAACGUGGCCGACAACGCUGAAGUGGCCGCCAAACUGGUCCACGAGCUUACCGCGGACCCCAACCAACUCUUCCCCAACCUCGCCGCCAAGAUCAAAGAGGCGGGGUCGACAACCAAGGUGGUGGAGUGCAUGGAGAACUUCAAAGUCGCCCACACGUACACGUACCCGACCAAAGUCCUCGACGAGAUCUUGAAUGCACGCUUCCAGCUACGCAAGCUUCCGUUCGAAUUCUCCACUGCAGAGUCCGACACGGAAGGGUCCGACACCGAACAGUCCGAGACCAAGGGGUCCGAGACCAAGGGGUCCGAGACCAAGGGGUCCGAGACCAAGGAGUCCGAGACCGAGGAGUCCGAGACCGAGGAGGCCAAGACGAGGGGCAAGGAUAUCAAUCGCUUCUUUUCCACGCCGUCGGAGAGCUGGCACGACGUGCACGCAAAGCUGGAUGCUCUCACCGUGCAAGGCGAGGAAGAGAUUUAUCCCGAGUUCGUUGACAAGCUCACCCAGGCCAACCUCCUCUUGACGUUGCAAACCAUGGAGUUUCAGAGCGAUCCAAACGGUGCGUAUGCGAUGGAGCAGGCCAGAUUCCAGCGGAUCAUGGCAAUUCUCUAUCAGUAGUGCAUGCUCUGGGGCUUGAGAUCGUCACGUCACAGUUCGGUCUCGUGUGGGUUGGGAAUGGAAUCGUCGGAGGGCACCAUUGUGAAUAGUCCACACCUCUGGCAUGC